GUAGGAGUGCAGGCGUUUAGUAUUUAGAGUUGAGGAGUGCGAGUUGGGGGAGAGGGAUACCACCUUGUUUGAUGGUCUUGGCUCAUAAAUCUACUCUGUCUGGCUUGUGUAGGAUGAGCUGGAUGAACUCCGUGCUGAAAUGGAAGAGAUGAGGGAUAGUUACUUAGAAGAAGAUGUGUACCAGCUGCAGGAACUUCGGCGGGAACUGGACCAUGCGAAUAAAAACUGCCGAAUUCUGCAGUACCGUCUCAGGAAAGCCGAGCAGAGGAGCCUGAAGGUGGCCCAGACUGGGGAGGUGGAUGGCGAGCUGAUCCGGAGCCUGGAGCAGGACUUAAAGGUAGCCAAAGACGUCUCUGUCAGGUUGCACCAUGAACUUGAAACUGUCGAGGAAAAGCGUGCUAAAGCCGAAGAUGAAAACGAAACCCUCCGGCAGCAGAUGAUUGAAGUGGAAAUAUCCAAGCAGGCCCUCCAGAACGAGCUGGAGAGGCUGAGAGAGAGUUCCCUGAAAAGGAGAGGCAGUCGGGAAGUGCACAAAGAAAAGAAAACUCUGAACCAGGACGACAGUGCUGAUCUGAAGUGCCAGCUUCAGUUUGCCAAAGAGGAAGCCUCCCUGAUGCGCAGAAAGAUGGCCAAGCUGGGGAGGGAGAAGGACGAGCUGGAGCAGGAGCUGCAGAAGUACAAGGCCCUCUAUGGCGACGUGGACAGCCCGCUCCCAACCGGGGAGGCGGGCGGGCCGCCCAGCACUAGGGAGGCCGAGCUAAAGCUGCGGCUGAAGCUGGUGGAGGAGGAAGCCAACAUCCUGGGCCGCAAGAUCGUCGAACUGGAGGUGGAGAACCGAGGCCUCAAGGCCGAGAUGGAGGCCGCGAGGGGCCAGCAUGAGUGUGUGAGCAGGGACCACCCCUCAAGCAUUCCUACCUCACCCUUCGCCGACUCGGCCGAGUCCUCGUCGGAGCUGCGCCGACACCUCCAGUUUGUGGAGGAGGAAGCGGAGCUGCUCAGGAGGUCCAUCUCCGAGGUGGAGGAACACAACCGGCAGCUGACCCACGAGCUGAGCAAGUUCAAGUUGGAGCCGCGGCCGGAGCCCGACUGGCUGGACGGGGGCGCGGGCCUCCCGCUGCAGGAGGAGCUCAAGGCGGCGCGGCUGCAGGUCAGCGAGCUGAGCGGCAAGGUGCUGAAGCUGCAGUACGAGAACCGCGUGCUGCUGUCCAGCGUGCAGCGCAACGACCUGGCCGCGCACCUGGGGCUGCGCGCCCCGAGCCCCCGGGACAGUGAUGCCGAGAGUGACGUGGGCAAGAAGGAGAGUGACGGGGAGGAAGGCCGACUGCCCCAGCCCAAGAGGGAGGGCCCCAUCGGAGGAGAGAGCGACUCGGAGGAGACCUUCGAGAAGACGUCAGGCUUUGGGAGCGGGAAGGCCUCCGAGGCUAGCGAGUCGUGCCCCACCGCGCUCACGCGGGCCCCAGAGGACUCCGAGUGCCUAGCGAACAUAAAGCAGGAGGCGGAGCGGCUUGGGCGCACGGUGGAGCGCCUCAUUACCGACACCGAUGGCCUGAUCUGCGAGGCCACCGAGCCUGGUGUCCAGGGUGGCUGGGAGGAGCCCGAGCUGCUGGGCACCAUCAACUCCAAGAUGAAGGCUUUCAGGAAGGAGCUGCAGGCCUUCCUGGAGCAGGUGAACCGCAUUGGGGACAGCCUGAGGGAGCACCUGGAAGACCUGGCCCCCUUGCCCCACCUCACUGAGUCUUCUAGCUUCCUGUCCACUGUGACCUCCAUGUCCCGGGACUCCCCCAUUGGGAACCUGGGGAAGGAGCUGGUGGCAGACUUGCAGUACAAACUGAGAGAUCAGAUGGAGUGGCAGCUCGGCCAGGACCACGGGGAGGAACAAGGGGACCUGCGCCUUCGAGACGGCCCAGAGCUGCACCGCAGAGCCGACGGGGAUGCCAGCCGCUGCAGGCCCACAGACAAGAGCUGUCUAAGCCUGGAGGUGACUCAGGGGCCCGUUUUACCUGAACAGAAGGUAUCGGUAGAGGAGCUCCAGGGUUAGCUCAUGCACGUAACCAGACUGCAUCACGGGGAGAGCUUGAGAUGUGCGCACAAGAUCCUUAAGAUGGAGGAGGAACAUCUCUAUGCCUUGAGGUGGAAAGAGCUGGAAGUGCACAGCCUGGCUUUGCAGAACACCCUGCACGCCCAGACCUGGAACGAUGAGAAGAAUCUGAUACAGCAGGAGCUCCGCUUCCUGAAGCAGAACAUCUUCCUCUUCUACGUCAAACUCAGGUGGCUGCUGAAACACUGGCGACAGGGGAAGCGGAUGGAGGAGGAAGGAGAGGACUCAACCGAGGGCGAGCAUCCAGAGAGCCUCCCCGAGCUUGCUGAGCUUGGAGUCCAGGGGGACCACAAGGACGAUGGCCCAGGCGGUGAUGCAGAUGACCGGGGCCUCGGCUUUACGAUAGGGGAGUAUCCCCAGCACUGCCCGGUGGAGAUGGGUGCCCAUGGAUCACGGCUUCAGAGUGCAGACCUGGGACAGCACCACAAACAGGUAAUGGAGAACCGGCAGCUGUUCGGCGCCCUUCGGUCCCUCCUGGAAGACUUCCGUGUGGAGCUGCGGGAAGAUGAGCGGGCACGGCUGCGGCUGCAGCAGGAGUAUGCCAAUGACAAGGCUGCCUGGGACGUGGAGUGGGCCAUGCUCAGGUGCCGCCUGGAACAGCUGGAAGAGAAGACUGAGAAGAACUUGGGGGAACCAGGUCCUUCCACUGACAGCAAAGGGGCGUUUUGGAAGGAGAGGGAAGCACACAAGAAGUUGCUUGCUGACAGUCACGGCCUGGUCAUGGACCUGCGCUGGCAGAUCCAUCACAGCGAGAAGAACUGGAGCCGUGAGAAGGUGGAGCUUCUUGACCGCCUGGACAGAGAUCGGCAGGAGUGGGAACGGCAGAAGAAGGAACUUCUGUGGAGAAUAGAGCAGUUGCAGAAGGAAAACAGUCCCCGGAGAGGCAGCAGUUUCUUCUGUGACCAAAAAGAAGGCAGCGCUCGCCCCUUCCCCCACCAGGGAGGUCUUCGUGUGCCUUGCGCCAUGGGAACGUGGUCCUGCUCUGACGCGGAAUCCGUGCCUUUUGAAGACCGGCCACUCUCCAAGCUGAAGGAGUCGGACAGGUGCACGGCCAGCGAGAACCUCUACCUGGAUGCUCUAUCGCUGGAUGAGGAGCCUGAGGAGCCUCCGCGCCGAAGGCUGGAGCGGAAGUUCAGGCACUGCCUUCCAGAGGAAGAAGAAAAUCACAAGGGAAAUCUUCAAAGGGCCGUGUCCGUGACCUCCAUGUCCGAGUUCCAGCGCCUGAUGGACCUCUCUCCCUUCCUGCCUGACCAGGGCCUGCCUUCUGCAGGUAGCAAGGAGGACACCACCCCUCCCCUGUCUCCCGAUGACCUCAAGUACAUCGAGGAGUUCAACAACAAGGCCUGGGACUACAGCCCCCCCAGGGACUGUGGCGGGGUGGGACCAGGGAGGCCCACAGAUUCGUGGACAGACAGGACCGAGGUGGGACUGGCCGGGGCGGACGUGGUGGCAGACUCGUUCCCAGACUCCUCCUGGUACCUCACCACGAGCGUCACCAUGACCACAGACACGAUGACCCACCCCGAGCACUGCCAGAAGCAGCCGCUGCGCAGCCACGUGGUGGCAGAGAGGUCAGGCUUGCGUGUGCUCCACAGCCCGCCCGCCGUGCGCAGGUUCGAUGGUGUGGUUGCAGCCAUGGGCAGCGAGGAGCAGAGCCCAGGGGAGGCCGAGUUCCUGUUCCCCACAGGCAGAGCCAGAGCGGGCAUAGGGGAAGCCAAGGGGGCCCCGGCAGAGCACAUGUUUGACAGGUGGCCUUGUGACCUCCCCAGACAUCCCCGGGACUAUGGGGAUGGUGGGCUUCGCUCUCGCGAGGGCCCCCUCUGCACCUCCCUGGGGCUUGCCUCCCCGCUGCACAGCCUGGAAAUGUCCAACAACAUGAGCGAUGACAUGAAGGAGGUGGCCUUCUCUGUCAGGAGUGCCAUCUGCCCCGCGGAGCCUCAGGUCAAGGACAUGGCCUGCCAGACCAACGGGUCCCGGACGACCGGGACACAGACCGUCCAGACCCUCAGCGUCGGCCUGCAGACUGAAGCCCUGCGUGGGGGUGUCACCAGCAGUCCGCACAAGUGUCUCACGCCCAAGGCUGGGGGUGGUACCACACCUGUGUCCUCACCUUCCUGCAGUCUGAGGAGCAGGCAGGUGGCCCCCGCCAUUGAGAAGGUGCAGGCCAAGUUUGAACGUACAUGCUGCUCCCCCAAGUAUGGCUCCCCCAAGCUGCAGAGGAAACCCCUCCCCAAAGCUGACCAGCCAAAUAACAGGACCUCGGCAGGGACGCCCCAGAAGGGCUGCAGCGAGUCAGCCUGGGCACGCUCCACCACCACAAGGGAGAGCCCCGUGCACACGACCAUCAAUGACGGCCUCUCCAGCCUCUUCAACAUCAUCGACCACAGCCCCCUGGGGCAGGACCCCUUCCAGAAGGGGGUGCGGGCUGGGAACCCGUCCCGCUCGGCAGAACCCCGACCAGAGCUGGGCCUGGGCCAGGAAACAGGCACCAGUUCUCGGGGACGGUCACCCAGCCCCCUGGGGGUUGGAGCUGAGACAUUCAGGGAGGAAGGGGGAGAGGGCACGCCAGUGAGGCAGGACCUGUCCGCUCCCCCUGGCCACACACUCACAGAGAACGCCACCCGCAUCCUCCACAAGAAGCUGUGGGAGCACGCCUUAAAAGAGGAGAGGAGGCAGGCCGCCCCCAGCCCCCCGAGUCUGAGCGGUGACGGCCACGCGGGGGAGAUGGGCAAAGCGGAACCAGGGUCCAUCGAGAACCAAACUGUCUUACUAACUGCCCCCUGGGGACUCUAG